AUGGAAUCCGUUCGCAAUAUUCGGAAUCCAAUACCCCCGGUGCUUUUGCAACCAUACAAAUGGCUUUCUAUCUAUGAAGACUUCGUGACCAAGAAUGCAAACUCCGUUGGUCAAGUCGAGUCAGCGCUGAGAUCUUUGACUUAUAUUAUCCCGGGUGAGUUCUCAUGCGGUUUUACCAUGCAGCUGUUGAAGAAACUAACAAGCUUCUUCUACCAGGACGAUACCGAGAAUCAGAGAUACCUUCAGAAUGUGGUUAGUGUAACAUUGUACUUGCCUUGGAGCGCGCCUGUUGAUACCCCAGCAGUACACUCCGGUGUCCAGUUAUUAUCGUUAUACCAUGACUCUCUUGUUUCGAGAGUUAUUGAUCGGCUCCCAUCGACUGUCCCCCGGCCGCCGCCCACUCCCCACUCUCGAUAUACUAAAUACUGGACCUCUAGCUCCUCGCUGUAUCGCAAGGUGGCGCUUGCGCUACAAAUGCUCCAGUAUACUGAGCUUCUCUGGGAGAUGGUGGCGCGGCGACGCGGCCAGAAAACCCGUUGGCGCGUGGUCAUAUUCAUUGAAUUCGCAAAGGCAGUUUGCCGCUUGCUUCUUCUGCGAUUGACCAACUCCAGACCACUCGUCAGUCCUCCACUUCCAGAACGGGAGGUAGAUCCAAGGACGACAGAAGAAGAGACACCACAGAUUGACUGGAAUGGAAUGGACACUCCGGUGAGCGAGCGGUCUUCAGACUUGAGUUGGAAGAUGCCUCGCACGGGACUUUCCCUUCCAUCUCUCCCCGACGUAAAUGAUGUGUCGAACUAUCUCAUCUCCAAAGUUCUUACGGCAGAUGACAUAAAACCCCCGAAGGCACUCCUCCACCGGGCGAUGGGACAAGGACAACUGGCUGAAGUGCUGUACAUUCUUCGGCCUGUUAUCUACGCAAUGGCAAUGCAAAAGUGGAGUGGUGAUAGACGAAGCUGGCGGCCAUGGCUCAUUGGAUUUGGAAUGGAGUUUGGCUGCCGUCAGCUCGCAAAGCAGGACUUCCGUGAACGGGUCGCUGGCGGUCUUCGGGGACUUACAGGGCUUGAGCGAGAGGAAUUGAAGAAGCGUGGAUGGUCAAUGGGCUGGUGGAUGAUGAGAGGCGCAUUCUAUGAGAACAUCACAAAGUACGAAACCGACUCUGUUCUCUCUCUGGAUUCCCAUUUGAAUACUGACAUUGUGAAACAGGUCGGGGCUACACAGUUUGACUGGAAAGAUGAAAGGCAAGCCAUUGUUGGAUUUGGUGGGCAGUGUUGUGGAGGACUAUGA